GGACCAAUGGGGACUUUUAUCCCGCCCCUAAACUGCAUAAAACCCUACGCGUGUUUUGAAAAGUGUUUGGAGUUGGAGUUGAAGUUGAAGGUCGCAAGACUUGAAGACUAGUUUCUGAUUCCUGCUACAGCACGACUGUAUAUCUCUUUCAUUCCUGCAACACUUUGGCGAUUGGAUUCCUUCAUCGACUCUGCACCACCAGGGAGGAUGAACUUCAGAGGAGAAGACGCGCUACAGCGGCAGGAGGACGCGGACCCUCAGCCCGGAUGGACCGGACUAUACGACCCCUGGACCGGGAGACUAGGGGAACAAACACGUCAAGACGAGCUGAACUACAGCGAGCAGAGUGACUCUGAGGAUGAGGAAAUUGUGUUUAUUCUGCAGCAGGAUGUGCAAGAUGGAGGUGAUGAGAAUGAGGUCACUGUGAGGAGCUCCUCCCCUGUUAGGAGCCCAUCCCCACCUGCAUGGAGCCCAUCCCCACCCAUGAGGGUCCUGUUACCUGUAUGGGACCUAUCACCAGCAAGGAGCCCAUCCCCAACCAUCAGGAACCCAUCCCCACCUGCAUGGAGCCCAUCCCCACCCAUGAGGGUCCUGUUACCUGUAUGGGACCUAUCACCAGCAAGGAGCCCAUCCCCACCUAUUAGAAACCCAUCCCCACCUAUUAGAAACCCAUCCCCACCUAUUAGAAACCCAUCCCCUUUAAGGACCCCAAUCCCUAUAGUACGUCCCACGCCAUCCUACGCCAUCCCACCCCUUCCCAUUGUUGUGUUGCACGACAUGCAGUCUGGUCAGCCUUUCGUUCCAGCGUCCGUGACCUUCCAUGUUUGGCGCCAGAGAAUAAGUAGAAGGGAUGAGGAGGAAGACAGUCGAGUAGUCCCUUCUGCAUAUCCUGUUCUAGACCAGGGGAAGAGGUGGAGGGAGGAAGAGGAAGACGAUGAAUUCUUCCCUUCUAGUAGACGACAGCGUGUGGAACCUGAGUGGGAGAUGCAGGUAGUCACAAGGCCCCUCCAAUUACCAGUUGAAGUGAUUCCUGCACUAAGCAGUGAUCUUUGAGCAAACCCCAAAGAUCACCCCGUACUCAUCAUGUGGUAAGUAUCAGUGGUAGGUAUCUGGGGUAAGUAUUUGACCUCUAGUCUUUAGCUUUAGUCUGGUUUUAUUUUUCUUACUUUUCUUAGUCUAAAUUUGUAGUGAAUUUCACUUCCAGACUCCAGCAGUAGUAGCGUUAAACCAUUUUCAUGACGGACUGAAUUUUGGUAAGAUAAUAGUAGUAGUUAUCGCAAUUAUGUUAGUUUAUAAUUGUCUGGUUAGUGUUUAAUGUAUAGGCUUGUUACUUUAGUAUGUUGUAUAUUUAGGAAAUAUGAAUUAGUAUUUAUUAUAGAACUUAUAAUUAACCAGUUUUCUGUUCAUAUAUGUGUAGGUUAUGCAUAUUGCUGCAAAUAUUUAUGCUGUUGUAAAUAUGUAUAUAUUAAGUAUUUAAGAUUUAGGAUUUUAAGAUUAAGUUGUACAGAAGUAGUGCACUCCCACCCCCAAAUGCCCCUA